AGGUGCGGCAGUAUUUAUGCUUCUAAAGGAGGAACCAAGUUUCCCCAAUCUACGCGUCGACGCGUUACUGCAAGGCUGAACGUCAUAUUUCGUUGCACUGUCCCUAACUUCGUGACCAUCAACACUUUCUUCUAAAGCUGGCUAAUCUCUGUCUGCUAUCUCUUCCCGCUACGGCUGUCUUCUACCUACGCCUCACCAUGCCUCUCAAACGUCGUUCUGAUGCGAUUUCGCGUGACCAAUCCGACUCUGAAUCGGACAACGUACAAACCCAGACCCAACGCCGCCGCCAGCGAUCCUCGUCAGCCUCAUCCGCGCAGUCGUCCGCAUCCUCCGUCGGAUAUGAAGGCGGCACUCAGAACCAAGAACAAACCCUCAUUAAGAAACUCGUCCGCCUUGCCUUAUCCACCGAAUACUCGCGCACACCCCUCCGCCGCGGCGACAUCUCCACCAAAGUCUUCAAAGAAAACAACUCUUCCGGACGAGGCUUCAAGGCGGUAUUCGAAGGCGCACAGCGCAUACUACAAGAUACAUUCGGCAUGCAAUUGGUGGAACUCCCCUCAAAAGAAAAGACCGCUCUGAAAGACCGGCGGAACCAGGCUACGCAAACAAAAGCAACCUCAGGCAGUUCAUCCAAGAGCUGGAUAUUGAUUUCUAUACUCCCCAACGAACUCAAGACGAACCCAGCCAUUGCGCAACCCGCGAGAGCCCCCACUCUCGAAACAGAGGCGUCAUAUACCGCACUCUAUACCUUCAUACUGUCGCUAAUCUACUUGAACAACAAUUCUCUCACGGACCAGAAACUAAAUCGCUACCUGAAACGUGUCAACGCAGACACUUAUACUCCCUUUGGCAGUCUGGACAAAUUGCUCCAGCGGCUAAUCCGUGAAGGCUACAUCGAGAAGAGAAGAGACACAAGUAGCGGCGAAGAGGUCAUUGAGUGGGUGCCUGGUCCCAGAGGGAAAGUCGAAGUCGGUAUGCGAGGUGUUACGGGGCUAGUACGCAGUGUAUAUGGAUGGGGUGCAGUCAGCUUGUCUAAGGGACGCGAUGACGAAGGUCAAGGUGGACGCCUCGUUAAGAUCGAGGAGGACGAGCUAAACGCGAAGUUGUCGAGGAGCUUGGGGGUCAAGGUCGGAGAGAAGACGCAGCGCGAUCCAGAGAAGGACGCUGAUGAGGGUGAUGUUGCGGAAGUAGAUCAGGGAUCGUCGAGACAGCAGCAGCGGCAACCUACAAGAGCUCGAGGAAGACGUGCACGAGAUGAGGAUGAAGAUUAACUGAGUUCGCGAUACUCCUGAAUGGGUCUGGACGAAGCGUGUGCAAAAUGGCCACUAUGGAGGAAAUCCGCUUCAUUGUCUAAGUAAUCUGGUAUGCUGCCAUGCGACACGAGAAGGGCUUUUUGACCGUUUCCCAUGUUCCCGAGAAAGAGUAAAGACAGAACGAAUUGCAACCUUCGCCAACACCAGGCGCUAUG